AUGAUGAAGAAAAAAAAGAAAUUAAUUAAGUAGUCUAAUUUUGGAUUGCCAGAAUUGUGUGAAAGAUAAAUUAAACAGGCUUUAGAAAUUGGAUUCUUUAAUAAACUUGAAUUUGAAACAAGAGAAUAUGCGAAUAAGCAAAAGCGCAGAUAUUGGAUAAUAAUAUGGUCUAUAGAGAAGAAAAUGGCUAUAAAAGGGAAUGGAAGAAGAGAACUGUAGAAACUACUAAAUUGGAGAGCAGGGGUGAGACUAAGUUUAUACAAAAUCAACAUCGAUAAGGUAAGAAACGGAGAACGAUAAAUUUUGAUAAGAAAAGCACAUUUUUUAAAGAACUUAAAAGAGAGAGGAGUCAAAAAGUAUAGAGAAUAUGAAAAUAGGAAAUAUGGGGUUAUGUCAAGCGGAGAUAUAAAAAGUGAGUGGAAAUAAAUAAUAAACUAAUGA